AUGUCAGAUGAGGUGAUUUGGCAAGUUAUAAACCAAAAUUUUUGUUCUUAUAAAGUCAAAACAAAAACUCAGAAUUUUUGUCGAAAUGAAUAUAAUGUCACUGGAUUUUGUAGUAGACAAUCUUGUCCAUUGGCAAAUAGUCAAUAUGCAACUAUUCGUGAAAUAAAUGGUACAAUUUAUUUAUAUACGAAAAUCGCUGAAAGAGCUCAUACUCCUGCAAAAAUAUGGCAAAAAACAAAACUUUUAAAAAAUUAUAAAAAAGCUUUAGAACAGAUUGAUAAAGAGUUACUGUUCUGGCCAAAUUUUUUGAUUCAUAAAUGCAAACAACGGUUAACAAAAAUCACUCAAUAUUUAAUACGGAUGAGGAAGUUAAAAUUAAAAGAUCGACCAAAGCUUGUUGGAAUCAAAAAGAAAAUUGAGAGGAGAGAAUCAACUAGAGAACGAAAGGCUGAAGCAGCUGCACAUUUAGAUCAUGCAAUAGAAAAGGAGUUGAUUGGUCGGUUGAAAAAUAAAGCUUAUGGUGAUACACCACUUAAUGUUAAUGAAAAGGUUUGGAGAUCAGUUUUGGAAGGUGAUAGUGAAUCAGAGUUGGAGGAUUUAGAAGAUCUUCUUCAAGAAGAGGGUGAGGAUGAAUUUGACAAUGAUGAUGAUUCAGAAGAUUCACAAGAACUAGAAGAGUAUGAAGAAGAAAUAGUUGAAGAAAAUAAUUUAAAGAAUAAACGAAAAAAUAAGAUAACAUUCAAACAGAAUAAAAAAUCUCGUGCUGCUUAUGUUGAAGUUGAAUAUGAGCAUGAGCAUGAACCAACAUCAUCAUCCAAAUCAACUAAUUGGUGA